UUUGCUCUGGAAACAGCACCUCGGAACUCCAGCCCGAGAAAGCACUCCCCAGCAUGAGGGUUGCCCUGCUUCCCGUGGCCAGGGCAGCAAGCCUUGGCCUUAGUUUCUGGCUUCUGCUCUCCUGGGUAGACCGAGGUGCGGUCGCCAAGGAGCUCAAGUUCCUGACUUUGGUAUUUAGGCAUGGAGACCGAAGUCCCAUUGAAACCUUCCCUAAUGACCCCAUUAAGGAAUCCUCAUGGCCCCAAGGAUUUGGCCAACUCACUCAGCUGGGCAUGGAGCAGCAUUAUGAACUUGGACAGUAUAUAAGGAAAAGAUAUAGAAAAUUUUUGAAUGAGUCCUACAAACCUGAACAGGUUUAUAUUCAAAGUACGGACAUUGAUCGGACUUUGAUGAGUGCUAUGGCAAACCUUGCAGGCCUAUUUCCUCCAGAGGGUGUCAGCAUCUGGAAUCCCAGCCUACCCUGGCAGCCCAUCCCGGUGCACACGCUCUCUCUUUCUGAAGAUCGAUUGCUAUACCUGCCUUUCCGGGACUGCCCUCGUUUUAAAGAACUAAAGGAGGAGACUCUCAAAUCGACAGAAUUCCAGGAGAGGUUGCAUCCUUAUAAGGAUUUUAUAGAAACCCUGCCAACAUUUACAGGAUACCAUACCCAGGACCUUUUUGGAAUGUGGACUAAAGUCUACGACCCUUUAUUUUGUGAGAGUAUUCACAACUUCACUCUACCCUCGUGGGCCACAGAGGACACCAUGAUUAAGUUGAAAGAAUUAUCAGAAUUAUCUAUCCUGUCCAUGUAUGGAAUUCACAAGCAGAAAGAGAAAUCUAGACUGCAGGGGGGUGUCCUGGUCCGUGAGAUCCUCAAACACAUGAAGAGUGCAACUCAGCCAUCGAACCACAGAAAACUCAUCAUGUAUUCCGCACAUGACACUACCGUGAGUGGCCUACAGAUGGCACUAGAUGUUUACAAUGGAAUCCUUCCUCCCUAUGCUUCAUGCCACAUAAUGGAAUUGUAUCUUGAGAAGGGGGAGUACUUUGUAGAGAUGUACUACCGGAAUGAGACACGGCACGAGCCAUAUCCCCUCACGCUGCCAGGCUGCACUCCCAGCUGUCCUCUGACGGAGUUUGCUAAGCUGGUUGCUCCUGUGAUCCCCCAAGACUGGUCCACGGAGUGUAUGACCGCAAGCAAUGACCAAGUUCUAAGGGUCGUCCUUGCCGUUGCCUUUUGCCUGGUGUCUGGUGUCCUGGUGGUGCUGCUGUUUACCCUCCUCCGCCAUGGGCCCUGCUGGCACAGAGACCCCUAUCGGAACAUCUGA